AUGCAUCUCACUCCAAGUGUACCCCCUGAUCCAUUCUGCCCAUCUAUGCUCGAGAUUCUCGCAGGAACAUUGCAUAUGCGAGCGAGCACAGAGUCUCAGACGCCUGGCUUGAGUAACCAGCCACGCGCCGUGAACGUGCGGCUGUGCGGUCUAGGACUCGUUAUGAUGAAAGCAUGGGUCAAGCGAACGAUUGGAUAUCUUGGAUCACAGCAUGCUGCAACAAGGUCUCUUCUUCACGGUGGUACAGUGGUGAAGGUGCAUCGCCCCCGGCCCUCAGGUGUCCAAAUUUUCCACUAUCUGUGGGUCGCGUGCCGUGAACUUGCUUCUCCGUACACGACAUUUAUUCGAGAAGGGGACUGCCGUGUAACGGAUAACCGGUCGUUCCUUUAUUCCGAGGAUGCAGGGAAUCCGAACUCUACCGUACCGCUUCUCUUCGGCUCUUACGCCGCCACUUUCAAGGUCAAUCGAUGCAUCGCCACGCUAUGGCGAGAACGCCUCGUCUGUGACUGCAGGUCCGGCGCUCCUCUCCACCUCUCCUGCAUGCACGCUUUGCUCAUCUUAGUAAACAUACGCGUAGUUGCACGGCGUUUGCAUGGAUUGAAUGAUUGGAGUCCUCCGAUGACUGUGGAGAAAAGCGGACGAUGA